AAACUCGCUUUUAUGUAACAUUUACUUCUUUCUAAUCUGGAGCAAAACCAAUUGCAUGAGAAAUUUUCAUGGUCUUCAAUUUUUGGAAACCAUAAUGAUGACUAAAGUCAGAAUUGAGGUCUGCAUCAUCUCUGCACGUGGCCUCCAUCGCUUCCCUACCCUUCUGAAGCCCCACUGGUUUGCUGCUGGCUGGAGUGAUCCCAAUUACAAAUACUGCGCCGCGAUCUACAGCUCCGGCAACCCAAAUCCAACUUGGAAAACCAAACUUCUAUUUGAUGUCGAUGACAGAAGUUCAAAUCUGCAAGACUUAAAACUCAUUGUAGAGAUUCACAAGAUGGCUCCUAUAUUUCUCAGAGAUGAGCUUCAUGGAACUGCAACCAUUAUGCUCCAUGAGUUUUUUUUGGCCAAGUUCUCGAGAGAGACAGAUGGAUGCAGAACAGGAUUUGAAGAGGUUGGGAUUCAGCUGAGGAAGCAAAUGUCUGGGGAGCCCCAAGGGUUUGUUGACAUCUCUGUUCGCAUAUCUGCCGACGAAUAUAGUUUUGCAUCCCACGCAGGCAUUCAGAAACUUAACCUAAAUUUUAGAUCAUUUCAAACAGUAACUUCAUGUUUUAGAUUUCCUUGCUUGAUGAUAGAUCUAUUGCAUUGUUUUCUGCUCUUUAAUGAUCUGUUUCCUAAUCUCUUUAUCAUGCCUUGAAGAGCAUGUUGCUUCUUUUUCUUUUCAGUAAAGUUUAUUAAGGUGCAUGUUACCCGGAAAAA